CUUCAGUCUCCUUCAUGCGGCCGCCGCCGAUCCCCACAGAAGCUUUCAAUUAUCCCUCACCGGCAGAGUCUCGUCGAUCGGAACCUCUCCCCGGAAUCCCAGUCGCCGGCACACGACGACGACGACAAAGAUCCACGUGUCAAGUAGCGGCGGCAACGACCAGGCCGCCGUCCCGCCGCCGCCCAACAUUCCUUCCAAGAAUACUGGCUCCCGGAAUGCUUGGUUGGUGGGAGUGGUGCUGUCGAUCGCUAUACCGUCGUGCCGGAGCAAACUUUUGUCGCUCAAGGGACUCAAGGAUAAGUUCAACGCGACGGUGGGGACGGUGGAGAUCAUAACCCACGUCGUGGAAGAAGUUGCGGAGGAGGUGGAGAGGGUGGCCGACGAGAUAGGCAACACCUUGCCGGACGGUCCUCUGAGAAAUGUGACCGACUUCAUUGAAGUGGCGGCGGAUCGGACGGAGAAGGCGGCCGAAUUCGCCGGCGAAGUCAUUGACAAGGUACAAGCCAUGGAAGAAGAGGUCUCAUCCUACAUUGAGUCUACAAUUCUUCCUCGUCGUCAAUCAACUAGUAAAACAGCGGAAGCUCGCGAAACCCCUCAGGGCAAUGAAAAAUUAGCCUAAAUGUACUUAAUUCUGUCUCCAGUAUAUGCUCAUGUCAUGUGUUUCUGUUUAUUUUACUAAAUUAAUAAAUAGCAAGAACGAG